GUUGCUAUUCCGGUACACAACAAUCGUCCUCAGAUGUUCUCCCUAACACAGAUUCUUACUUUCCUGUUGGUCGCCAUCACUUUGAUGACAUUCUCUUCGGCUCAGCCAAUCGACGAAGAGCGUCCGAUCUUCAUGGAACGUCGUGAAGCUUCAGCAUUUGGAGAUAUCAUUGGAGAGCUUAAGGGAAAGGGACUCGGCGGGCGAAUGAGAUUCGGAAAGCGAUCAUCUUCCCCUGACAUUUCAUUGGCUGAAAUGCGUGCAAUUUAUGGUGGAGACCAGUCGAAUAUCUUCAACUUUAAAUAAUCGCAAGCUUCUCUGGUUCUUCCAUACCCUUUCCGUUUUUCGAACAAUCCAUCACCCCGAACUGAUCUGUGAUUUGAUGAUCUACUUUUCAUUGUUUCUCUCGCCAACCAACCAAUCAAAUAAAAAUUCAAAAAUUCAGAAGCGCUCCCUUUUUUUCUCUCUUUUCAUUUUGUCGUCGAUUUGUGUCAGUGUACAGCAUCAUAACCGUUCUUUUCUUUUUGCGAAUAAACAAUUUUUGUUG